AUGUAUUACAAUUAGGGGCAUUUUAGUAAAUUUACCUGAUACUAUACCGUACAUAUCAUCAAACCAAAUAAAAAAUCUAUUAUUAAACCGCAGUGAACGAUUCAAUCCAUCCAAAUAUGGUACUGUACUAUACCAUAUUACACCAUACCAUAUAUUAUGAAAUCAUGACAAAACAUCAUCCAAACAGGCCGUAAAAAUCAUGGACAUUCGUUGUUGUUGUUAUAAUUAUUGUUUUAUAGUUUUCACAUAUUUUUAGGCAAAAAGAAUCUAUAGAAAAUUAUAAAUAAAUCAAUAGAGUCAGCUUUUUUUUGGUAGUGUUAUUAGUAAUGAAUCAGAGUAAUAUUCUUUUUUAUCCGCAUUAAAGUUGAAUUGAAAAUUAGAAACCAGGUGUUUUGUUAAAUUCAAGUGACAUGAAAAUAAUAAAACACGUGAUACGAUAUAUAUAUAUAUUAAUAUUAUCCUAUAUAUUAAUAUUAUUCUUGAAGAUUAAAAGUAAUAAAUCCAAUUUAAUAAGAAAAGAAAAAUAUCGUAAAUUGCACCUUAAUGAUACGAAAUUUUAACGUAACCAUGAAGAAACAAAUAAUCUUUUAAUAUAUAACUAUUUUUUUUCAAAUACAAAUAUUCAACACUUAAACUCUUACAAAAAAUAUUAUUUUAACAUACAAAUUAAUAGUCAUUCAUAAAAAUAUUAUUAAAAUAUAUAUUAUUUUAAUAAUAAAAAUUAAUAAUAAUCGAUUCUAUAUAUUAUUAAACAGCUAAAAGGUAUUUCAUUCAUUUUAAUAAAAAAAAAAUCAUCAAUAACUGUUUUUUUUUUUUAAUUUGAGCACUUUUAUCUAAAUACUUCAAAUAAAUCCAACACUUUAAAAAAAAAAUAUUUUACCUUUCAGCUAUCCACUAUCAAAGCCUCAAAGUUAUCAUCUUUCUCAGCAAGCGAAAUCCUUACGAAAGAUUCCGCUUCCAUAUGUAUUGGCGUUGGAAGUUUCUUAUGGAAGCAAUUAUGACUUCAGGUGCGAGUGAAAUUGCUUCCCUCGUUAUCAAGGAAAGCGAGGAAGAAGACGAGGAUGCACGCAAGUUUCUGGAAGCAAUUAUGACUCCAGGUGCGAGUGAAAUUGCUUCUCUCGUUGUCAAGGAAAGCGAGGAAGAAGGGGAGGAUUGACGGAAGAGUGAUGGAGGAGUCAACUACAGCUGAAAGUUCUGGUUCUGAUCCUACAAAUGCUGUGAUAUUUGUUGGGAUUAGUUUGUUAUUGGGAAUUGCUUGUAGACAUGUAUUGAGGGGUACUAGAGUACCUUAUUCUGUGGCUUUGCUUGUUCUUGGCAUUGGUCUUGGAGCUUUAGAAUAUGGAUCACAUCAUCGGUUGGGAAGGAUUGGAGAUGGUAUCCGUAUCUGGGCAAACAUUAAUCCUGAUCUUUUGUUGGCGGUUUUCCUUCCUGCUCUUCUUUUCGAGAGUGCUUUUUCAAUGGAAAUUCACCAGAUAAAGAGGUGUGCAGCGCAGAUGAUUUUACUUGCUGGACCUGGUAUAGUUAUUUCCACUUUUUUUCUUGGAGCUGCCUUCAAGAUUGCUUUUCCUUAUAACUGGAGCUGGUCGACAUCGUUGUUGCUUGGUGGACUUCUAAGCGCUACUGAUCCCGUGGCUGUUGUAGCCCUUCUGAAGGAGCUUGGUGCCAGCAAGAAGUUGGGUACCAUAAUUGAAGGAGAGUCCUUGGUGAAUGAUGGGACGGCAAUUGUUGUCUAUCAGCUACUUUUAAGGAUCGUAACUGGUUGGACCUUUAACUGGGGAGCUGUCAUCAAAUUCCUAGUACAAGUAUCCCUUGGGGCAGUCGGCGUUGGUAUUGCUUUUGGAAUGGCUUCCGUUUUAUGGCUGAGAUUCAUUUUCAACGACACGGUGAUUGAGAUCAGCCUGACUCUUGCCGUGAGCUAUGUUUCUUACUUCACAGCGCAACAAGGGGCUGAUAUCUCUGGUGUCUUGACUGUGAUGACUUUAGGGAUGUUCUACUCAGCUGUAGCUAAAACUGCUUUCAAGGGUGAGAGUCAACAAAGCUUGCAUCACUUCUGGGAAAUGGUUUCCUAUAUUGCAAAUACAUUAAUUUUUAUCUUAAGUGGUGUCGUCAUAGCUGAAGGAAUUCUUGGUGGUGAAGAUAUUUUCAAAAUCUACGAUAAUUCGUGGGGCUACCUCGUCCUUCUUUAUGUGCUUGUCCUUGUCUCGCGACCCGUUGUUGUUGGUGUAUUGUAUCCAUUUUUGCGAUACUUUGGCUACGGUUUGGACUGGAAAGAAGCUUUUAUUCUUGUAUGGGGUGGCCUUCGAGGUGCCGUAGCCUUGUCUCUUUCAUUGUCAAUCAAGCGUUCGAGUGAUGGCUCUGAAUACAUCAGUUCUGGUACUGGAACUCUAUUCGUUUUCUUGACUGGUGGGGUUGUAUUUUUGACGCUCAUCAUCAAUGGCUCAACCACACAGUUUGCAUUACAUUUUCUGGGAAUGGAUAAGCUAUCGGCAGCAAAGAAGCGCAUAUUGAACUACACAAAAUACAAGAUGUUGAAUAAAGCUCUGGAAGCAUUUGGUGAUCUUGGAGACGAUGAGGAACUUGGACGCGCCGACUGGCCAACUGUUAAAAGAUACAUUAAUAGCCUAAAUGACGUGGGGGGUGAACCAGUGCAUCCUCAUAGUUCCAUCGAAAAUGGUGAUAAUGUGGACCAUAUGCAUUUAAAAGAUAUUCGGAUCCGCCUGCUAAAUGGCGUUCAAGCAGCAUACUGGGAAAUGCUCAACGAGGGCAGGAUCCCACAAACUGUAGCAAAUCUUCUAAUGCUAUCUCUGGAGGAAGCUAUUGACGUAGUAUCUCAUGAACCGCUAUGUGAUUGGAAGGGUUUAAGAUCUUAUGUUCAUAUCCCAAAUUAUUUCAAGUUUCUUCAAACAAGUUUUGUCCCCCGAAAGCUUGUUACAUAUUUCAGUGUUGAGCGAUUGGAGUCUGCAUGUUAUAUCUGUGCUGGAUUUCUCCGGGCACAUAGAACUGCACGACAGCAACUUAAUGAAUUCAUCGGUAACACCAUCAUCUUGAGUACAAUUAUGUCGGCAGGUGAGAGUGAAAUUGCUUCUCGUUUCCUCAGCAAUUUACGUGUUCUAAAUGGAGUACAUAUUCAGGUUAUCCGAGUUGUGAAGACCAGACAAGUUACUUAUGCGGUGUUGAAUCACUUGAUUGAUUAUGUUCAUAAUCUUGAGAAGAUUGGUAUAUUGGAGGAAAAAGAGAUGACGCAUCUUCACGAUGUUGUUCAGACUGAUUUGAAAAGGCUUGUAAGGAAUCCACCUCUGGUUAAAUUUCCAAAAGUUCGUGAUUUGAUUAGGGUCAAUCCUUUGUUGGGAGCCUUACCUCCUUCAGUGCGUAAGACGCUAAUUGGUUCAACAAAGGAGAUAAUGAAGUCACGUGGUGCGACCCUCUACGAAGAAGGAUCAAGGGCAACUAGAGUUUGGCUAAUUUCAAAUGGUGUAGUGAAGUGGUCGAGUAAGAGUGCAAGUAAUAUGUAUCUACUGCAUCCAACUUUUUCGCAUGGGAGUACACUAGGUUUAUAUGAAGUGCUUGUGGGAAAGCCGUACAUCUGCGACAUUAUAAUGGACUCCGUGGUGCUGUGCUUUUCUGUUGAUAGUGAGAGAAUAUUUACUGCUCUCCGAUCUGAUCCAGCUAUAGAAGAUUUCUUUUGGCAGGAAAGUGCACUUGUUCUUGCGAAAGUCUUGCUUCCUCACACGUUUGAAAAGACGACAAUGCAAGAUAUGAGAGCUCUCGUUGCAGAAAGGUCGACUAUGAGCGUAUACAUAAGAGGGGAAAGUUUCGAAAUACCUCACCAUUCCAUCGGUUUUCUGUUGGUGGGAUUUGUUAAGGCUAAUGGUUCACAUGAAGGCCUUCUUUCAGCGCCUGCAGCGUUACUGCCUUCGUCAUGGGAACAACAAAGCUUCCACAACUCAAAGACAUCAGGUGUCAAUGCGGCUAGUUUUUCUCAUCAACCUUCUAGGUAUCACGUUGAGACAAGGGCAAGGGUGAUUAUAUUUGAUGUUGCGGGAUUUCAAACAGGCAGGAGUCUCCAGAGAAGAUCGUCUUCCCUACUAUCACACUCAAUGGAUCGUGCCUCGAGGUCUUUUAGUAGAGAACUUGGUGGUUUAAUGAGCUGGCCAGAAAAUACUUACAAGGCUAUGCAACGUAGACACGAUGGGGAACAGGCUGGUCAACAGGAAACCAAUAUGUCUACCCGCGCAAUGCAGUUAAACAUCUUCGGCAGCAUGAUAAGCAACACGAGAAGACGUCUGAGAAGUUUUCCUGGAAUUGGUGCUGUUAAAACCUCUCACAGCCAGGGUUAUAAAAAACUGACCUCUCACAGUCACUCAUAUCCAGAAGUUCGAUCAGAUCGGGUACAGACGCUUGUUUCUGUGAGGUCCGAGGGAUCUACCACAUUACUACCGAAGGGUCAAGUGCAAGGAGAUAAUGAAGAUAUCUGUAUACAACUUCUUAGCGCACCAACGGAAGAAAGUCACACAAUAGAGGACUCGAGCGAUGAUUCUGGUGGCGAGGAUGAGCAUCUCAUUAGAAUUGACUCGGGAAGACCGAGCUUUCCUCAAUGGAUCACAGAGGAAGAUAAAGCAUCAUAAGAAUAUGGAACACAUCAUCGGUUGGGAAGGAUCGGAGAUGGUAUCCGUAUCUGGGCAAACAUUAAUCCUGAUCUUUUGUUGGCGGGUUUCCUUCCUGCUCUUCUUUUCGAGAUGCUUUCUCAAUGGAAAUUCACCAGAUAAAGAGGUGUGCAGCACAGAUGAUUUUACUUGCUGGACCUGGCGUGGUUAUUUCCACUUUUUUUCUUGGAGCUUCCCUCAAGGUUAGC